AUGACGUUCGAAUGGCAACGUCUCUUGCAUCUGGUACCCUCGUUCGAUACCUCACUACAACAGUUUGCCUUGGAGGUGUAUGAGGUCAAGGACGCUAUCCGGGUCAAGAAGAUGCAGCUGCCUAUGGCCAAGGUACCCUUUAUCAAACAAGAGGCUUUCAAGAAAGCUCACGAGAUCCGGAUGAAAGCCGACGAAGAGUUCGCCAUCGAGAAGGACAAACUCGAGAAGCAAGAACAACAAGCAAUUGACGCUCAGUACGAAAAGAAACGCAAAGCGUCUGAGGUCGCCCAGAAGAUGUCGCAACACUGCGCCCAAUCCUAUGGAAAGCAAGACUGA